CGGGUCGGGGUCCAACAAGAGGCUUAACUCGAUUAUUAUUCCGCUUGGCUCCCCCUCUCCAUCAGAGUCCUCUGCACUCCACGCCACGCCACGCAGAUAUAGGAGGAGGAGAGGAGAUACUCCUGCGCAAGAAAGAAGUUGAAGGGGGGAGAGAGAGAGAGAGUCAUUAUCCAGUACUGAAUCCUGAAUCCCGCUUGCUUUUUAUUCCAGGGCACUGCUCCCCGACGGGUUUCCUUGCCCCGUCUGUUCGUGAUCCAAAACCCCGACGAGCUCGCUCGCCUGGUCCUGCUGUUACGCCCGCCUCCAGGACAUGGCCAAGCCACGGCGGAGCAGAUUCUCCUUUGCUGGGUGGGGCGGCUGCUUCGGAGGCAAAGCUCGGGGGAAGGUGCUAGCCGAGGAAGAGUACCCGGUGAAGCUCCACAUCUACGAUCUCAGCCAGGGGAUGGCGCGGCAGCUCUCGACGACAGGCCUCGGCAAGCCUAUCGACGCAAUCUGGCAUACAGGGGUGGUGGUUUAUGGCAAAGAGUAUUACUUUGGUGGAGGCAUCCAACAAGAUAACCCUAGAAGAACACCAUACGGGACCCCUGUCCGAGUAGAAGAUUUCGGGGUCACACAUGUUGCCAAGGAGGCCUUUGAGGACUUCCUGCUGGAGAUUGGGCCGCGCUACACUCCUGAGACCUAUAGUAUCCUCAACAACAACUGCAACCACUUCAGCAAUGAGGCGGUGAAGUUCCUUGUUAGUUCCACGGUUCCAGCUUACAUCCUCGACCAGCCUAAAGAAGCGAUGAACACCCCGAUUGGUGCCUUGAUACUGCCGAUGAUUCAGGGGCUGGAGACAACAUUGAGAGCUGGAGUUGCUCCCCAGCCUUCCCAGUUUGUGCCUGCUCCUGCAGCAGCGAUGCAAACACAGCCAUCCUCAGAUAAAAUUCAGAUCCAGUCGAAAUCAGUCGAUGCUGACAAAACAGGUGAUGGCAAGAAAACUGGCGAUGGCAAUGAGAUCAUCCCACCUACGGCGCAACCUACUCCAGAAGCAGAGAAGCAGGAGCAACCUUCCAUGAAUAGCGUCAAGAGCCAGUCGAGAUCAAUCUCUGCUGACAAAACAAGCAUUGCGAAAGCAAUGGAUGAUGACAGCGGGAUUAUUCCACCAACAGCACAACCUGAUCCGACAACAGCAAAGCAGACAGAACCUACCUCUGAUAGCAUUCAGAUCCAGACAACGGAAGAUGAAAGUGGGGUCAUCAUCCCACCCGCUGUGCAACCAGUAGCAGAAGCAGCAACGGUGGCACAGGACCCCCUCGUGGUGGCAAAGAACCAGGUGCAAGAAGAGAUAAAGCUGGAGUUCGCAGCCAUCAUGGCGACAGGUGCCACAAAGGCCGGUGAGGCGGCGGCCCUCGCAAUGCGGAGGGUCAUGGAGCGGCACGGGCUGCGGCGCACCGCCAUUGUGCAGUGAGGGUAGAACAACUAUACUCUUGUACACAGAGAAGGAAGCUGAAGGUGCAAUUCUACCAUGUCAAAUACACUUGUCUGCUUAAGGUGCACACGGUUAUGGUCCUGUGGACGAUCCGGGAUCACCUUUCCUAGGUUAGUUUACAGCCAAACAAUGUAUAGUGAUGUGGAACAUCCAAACUGCGAGCAUGCUCUUCUUACAUAUGACUGGUAUGCUAUUGCUGAUACCCAGAACAA